AUGGACGUGUUGACCCGGCACAUACAGGGGGAAGUGCCAUGGUGCAUGCUAUUUGCCAAUGAUAUAGUGUUUAUCGAAGAGCCGCGAACUGGGGUCAACGCAAGGUUGGAGAUUUGGAGGCAGACCUUGGAGGCUAAAGGUUUCAAGUUGAGCAGGACUAAGACAGAAUACUUAGAGUGUAAAUUCAGUGACGGGACUCAUGAGUCACACGUGGAUGUGAAGCUUGAUACUCAAGUUAUCCCCAAGAAAGGUAGUUUCAAGUAUCUCGGGUCUACUAUCCAGGGUAAUGGGAAGAUUGACGAGGAUGUCGUACAUCGUAUUGGAGAGAGAUGGAUGAAAUGGAGGCUUGCGUCCAGCGCUUGA